UCACAAGACCUCUCAGCUGAGGUACCUGUUUUUCAAUUUUCUAAUUUCUGUAGAAUAAUUUUCUUCAAAAAUUAUCUUAUUGUGGGUGGUGGCUUUUUCUUAAAAACUCUGUAGCCAAAAUGGCUAAUAUCAACGAAGAGAAUGUAAGCCAAUUACUUCCGACGCUAGGCGAUGAAAAAAUCGAUAUGAUUGCCGCUACGAGCGUGCUUCAAAUAAGAGCAAGUGAGAUUCGUCAAAGCCAAAUUAACUGGCAAUCUUACUUGCAAUCGCAGAUGAUCACUCAGCGUGAUCAUGACUUCAUUGUGAACUUAGAUCAACGCGGGCAGAAGGACUUGCCAGAUAAGAAUCCUGAAGCUUGCGCAGAUGUGUUCCUGAAUCUGCUUACCCACAUUAGUAAAGACAACACCAUCCAGUAUGUCCUUGUUUUGAUAGAUGAUAUUCUUUCAGAAGAUAAGUCUCGUGUAAAAAUAUUCCGUAAUGCAAGACACGGAAAUGUCUGGCAGCCAUUCCUGAACCUGCUUAACCGUCAGGAUGAAUUUGUCCAGCACAUGACAGCCCGCAUCAUUGCCAAGCUGGCUUGCUGGCACCCACAGCUCAUGGAGAAGAGCGACUUGCAUUUCUAUCUCUCCUGGUUGAAAGACCAACUCAAAAUGAAUGCUGAAGUGGUGUCUGCGGAGUUAGAGCAUGCUGAAAAGGUCAUGUUGGAGCAUGAAAAACAUAACUUCUCCGAAAAACAUAUAAAACAUCAGAAAGAAAAGAGUGUUGAAAAUGCUGAUCCAUCCCAAGAAAAAUAUUCGAGCCUUUAUAGCUCUUUUGAUGUUCUCAAAUCUCAUCAGGAUUUGCCGCCCGGUUUGCAUAAGAACAAUGACUAUAUCCAAUCAGUGGCUCGCUGCUUACAAAUGAUGCUUCGUGUCGACGAAUACCGCUUCGCAUUCCUGUCCGUUGAUGGCAUUUCUACACUCCUAUCGAUCCUUGCUUCGAGGGUAAACUUCCAGGUACAAUACCAACUGGUGUUCUGCCUCUGGGUGUUGACAUUUAACUCGCUUCUCGCCGAAAAAAUGAACAAGUUCAAUGCAAUUCCAAUACUGGCUGACAUCCUGAGUGACUCUGUCAAGGAAAAGGUGACCCGUAUUGUAUUGGCUGUAUUUCGCAACCUGAUUGAGAAACCAGAGGACCAACAGGUUGCCAAAGAGCAUUGCAUCGCUAUGGUCCAAUGCAAGGUGCUGAAACAACUGUCAAUCUUGGAACAGAAACGCUCUGAUGAUGAAGACAUAAUGAACGACGUGGACUUCCUCAAUGAACGCCUUCAAGCCUCGGUGCAAGACCUCAGCUCUUUUGAUCAAUAUGCUACUGAGGUCAAGAGUGGACGUCUGGAGUGGUCGCCAGUGCACAAGUCGGCCAAGUUCUGGCGCGAGAACGCGGCACGCCUCAACGAGCGCGGCCAGGAGCUGCUGCGUACGCUCGUGCACCUGCUGGAGAAGAGCCGCGACCCCGUCGUGCUGGCCGUCGCCUGCUACGACGUGGGCGAGUACGUGCGACACUACCCGCGCGGCAAGCACAUCAUUGAGCAAUUGGGUGGUAAGCAGCGCGUCAUGUACCUGUUGAGCCACGAAGACCCGAACGUUCGCUACGAAGCUCUGCUCGCCGUGCAGAAACUGAUGGUUCACAACUGGGAAUAUCUCGGCAAGCAACUUGAAAAAGAACAAAUUGACAAGCAGGCUGGUGGUACUGCUGUUGGCGCUAAGGCCUAAGAAAUUGCAUUAUGUUUUAUUUAAAAAUUGUUAUUGUUGUCCUCAAUAUAAAUUGCAGUAAAAUAGCGACGUUUAUAUGCCAUAGACCAAUAAGUAUUACGUACAAGUGUAAAUAGUUACGCUGUUAAAAUUACACUGCAGUGUGAUCUUAAAUAUGAUGUCAUGUCAUGUUUACUAUAUAUAUUUUAAAUUCAUGUAAAUACAUAAUGAAGUGAAAUUUCUAUAUACAAUUCUGUUAUUAGUUUUAAAUACAAGGUAUGUAUUGAUAGCCAGCUUUAUAAACAUUAUGAAUUGUUUACAAAUUUGCAAAAUCACAUUCCUAUAAUAUUUAUUAUUGUUACAUAAAGAGAAGUAUAAUCAUUAAAAAUUAUAUUUAAAAAUUGUAGUAAUGGUAGCAGAUAUGAAGCGUGUAUUGUGAACUGGCUCCAUUAGAAAAUAAAUUUCUCCAGAAUUGAUGAAUAUAUUUUAUUUAUGUAAAAUAAAAUAAAAAUUGUC